AUGACACGUUCAAAAGCAAGAGCUCUUUCAUCACAAUUGAAAAAGGUUGAUUCGGAUAUGAUACUUGAUAAUAUAGACACAUUUUGUCAAAUUGAUAAUAGGAAACAUGAACCAAUAUCAGCUAUUGAGAAACAUUAUAACGACACAGGACAUCAAUUUACAUCAGAUGAUUUUCGAAUUACGUUGCCCGAUAAACAUAAAUAUAAACUAUUGUUAAAAGAAUCAUUGGCUAUAAGAGCUAUUGCCCUUGUGUUGAAUGGUACAGAUCGAUCAGUACCAUUAUAUGUUUACCCUGGCAGCGUUGAACGAACAGUACUACCAAAACAUGUAAUAGGCGUCGGUUAG